AGAAGAAGAAGGUGUGAAGAAGGUAAAGAAGGGUGAAGAGAUCAAAGAAGAGACAGAAAUGGUACCGAAACCUGUCGAAGAGGAACAGGUGCCUGAAGAAAUCCCCGAAACCACCGAAGAAGUACCUUCUGAGGAGGCUCCAGGCGAGGAAGAGAAGCCUAAGAAGAAGAAGGUGGUGAAGAAGGUAAAGAAGGGUGAAGAGAUCAAAGAAGAGACAGAAAUGGUACCGAAACCUGUCGAAGAGGAACAGGUGCCUGAAGAAAUCCCCGAAACCACCGAAGAAGUACCUUCUGAGGAGGCUCCAGGCGAGGAAGAGAAGCCUAAGAAGAAGAAGGUGGUGAAGAAGGUAAAGAAGGGUGAAGAGAUCAAAGAAGAGACAGAAAUGGUACCGAAACCUGUCGAAGAGGAAGAGGUGCCUGAAGAAAUCCCCGAAACCACCGAAGAAGUACCUUCUGAGGAGGCUCCCGGCGAGGAAGAGAAGCCUAAGAAGAAGAAGGUGGUGAAGAAGGUAAAGAAGGGCGAAGAGACCAAAGAAGAGACAGAAAUGGUACCGAAACCUGUCGAAGAGGAACAGGUGCCUGAAGAAAUCCCCGAAACCACCGAAGAAGUACCCUUUGAGGAGGCUCCAGGCGAGGAAGAGAAGCCUAAGAAGAAGAAGGUGGUGAAGAAGGUAAAGAAGGGCGAUGAGCCCAAAGAAGAGACAGAAAUGGUACCGAAACCUGUCGAAGAGGAAGAGGUGCCUGAAGAAAUCCCCGAAACCACCGAAGAAGUACCUUCUGAGGAGGCUCCAGGCGAGGAAGAGAAGCCAAAGAAGAAGAAAUGUAGGAAAGAGGUCAAACCAACCAAAGUUGAAAUUGUUGAAGUAUCGGAGUUGCCUCAGAAGUUGAAGCUUAGAAAACCGAAACCAUCCGAUAAACCAAAGAGUGAGGAGGCGACAUUUUUGAAGACGAAACUCAAGAGCAAGAUCACUCGUGUUGAAUAUCCCCCAGAGGCAAUCAAGUUGAUUGUGACUGACAUGAAUACAAUUAGGGAUACUGGAAUAUUAUCUAGAAAUAUUGAAGAAGCUGAGAAAUUGCCGAAGAAAAUCAAGAUCAAGAAAUUCAAACCUCCGAAAGAGAUUAAGGAUGAUCUAGAGAGGCCUCAGCUUGAAAAGUAUGAAAAGUACGAGAGCAGUUCAGAUGAGUCUCCGGAGAAGGAGGGUUACAAGAGACCCAAGAAAGAAAGUAAGAAGGAAGAAUCAGAUUCGAAAACACUGAAAAUGGGAAAGGGUAAAGUGAAACCGAAAGAAGAAGAAACUCCGGAGGAGGUCAAACUGAAAGGUAUUCCCGGAAAAGAGCCCAAGGAAGAGGUAGAGGAGGAAAAGAAACCGAAGAAGGAAAAACCUGAGGAAGAUAAACCAAAGAAAAAGAAGUCACCUCAUAAAACAGAAAUUCCAUCGCCUCUUGAGUUUGACUUCGAACCAUCCGAAGUUCCGCCGUACGAACCGGAGAAAAAUGAAAGCCGAAGAAACCGAGGGAACUCCCGAAGAACGAUGUCAAUUCAAAUACCCAAAGCACCUAAGCCAGACGAAGAACAACCCGAGAUCAAACUCAAACCAUUCAAAAAGCCACAACCAGACACAGAAACAGACAAAGAUGAACCAGAUCGUGACAUGAAACUACCCAAGUUCGAACCUUCGUCUCCUCAAAUAAAUUCUCCUGACACACUGGAAGAGAAAGAAGAACCUGUACCCUAUGGUGACACUAUGGACACAGAACAAAAUGAUUUUCCACAGAGAGAUACAACUCACCCAAAGAAAGAUAUCCCGGAAACAAAACCUACAACAGCAGAGAAACCAUCAGACAUACCCCUUAUUCCAACAGAUGAAAAACCACAAAAAGGAGAAGAACUUCCGGAAACGAUCGAAGACUUGCCUUCUGAGGAGGCUCCUGGCGAGGAAGAGAAGCCUAAGAAGAAGAAGGUGGUGAAGAAGGUAAAGAAGGGCGAGGAGCCCAAAGAAGAGACAGAAAUGGUACCGAAACCUGUUGAAGAGGAACAGGUGCCUGAAGAAAUCCCCGAAACCACCGAAGAAGUACCCUUUGAGGAGGCUCCAGGCGAGGAAGAGAAGCCUAAGCAAAAGAAGGUGGCGAAGAAGGUAAAGAAGGGUGAAGAGAUCAAAGAAGAGACAGAAAUGGUUCCGAAACCUGUCGAAGAGGAACAGGUGCCUGAAGAAAUCCCCGAAACCACCGAAGAAGUACCCUUUGAGGAGGCUCCUGGCGAGGAAGAGAAGCCAAAGAAGAAAAAGAAGGUGAUCAAGAAACUGAAGAAAGACGAUGAACUCGAUCUGAUUCAGAAAAUGAUUGAAAUGGAUAUUCCCAAGACCGAACUUGAGAAAUAUGAGAAGUUUGAAGACGAAGAAAAACCCACAAAGAAACCAAAGAUCAAGGAAGAAUACCAAGCGGAAAAACCGAAACCCGAGAAAAUAGAGAGGAAAGAAGUCAAACCAACCAAUGAAAUUGUGAACAAAGAAGCUCCGGAGGAGGUCAAACUGAAAGGUAUUCCCGGAAAAGAGCCCAAGGAAGAGGUAGAGGAGGAAAAGAAACCGAAGAAGGAAAAACCUGAGGAAGAUAAACCAAAGAAAAAGAAGUCACCUCAUAAAACAGAAAUUCCAUCGCCUCUUGAGUUUGACUUCGAACCAUCCGAAGUUCCGCCGUACGAACCGGAGGUUCCAGAAGAAGAGACAUUCACGCCUGAGCAACCUUCUGAAGAGAAACCAAAAUAUAAAAGAAAGAAGAAGGAAGAACCUCAACCAGAGACGGUUGAAAUUCCAUUAGAAAAAGGAAAGCCGAAGAAACCCGAGGAAACUCCCGAAGACGAUGUCAAAUUCAGAAUACCCAAAGCACCUAAGCCAGACGAAGAACAACCCGAGAUCAAACUCAAACCAUUCAAAAAGCCACAACCAGAAACAGAAACAGACAAAGAUGAACCAGAUCGUGACAUGAAACUACCCAAGUUCGAACCUUCGUCUCCUCAAAUAAGUGACGACGAGAGAGACGACGUUCCGAAAACAAAGAAAACAAAACGCAAGAAGCCAGAUAAAAACGAGGAGGUUCCAAUUGUAUCACUCACUUCUGAAGAAACUGAAAUUCUAGACACCGCAUUAGAGAAAAUUCCUAUUGAAACAGUUCAAACUACAGUAGGUGAUUCUCCAAUUACAGAAGAUAAAGAAGUGAAACAACCCACAGAAGAAAAGACUGACGAAGAUGAUAAAACGAAGAAGAAAAAGAAGGUCAUCAAGAAGCCGAAGAAAGACGAUGAGCUCGAUCUGAUUCAGAGAAUGAUUGAAAUGGAUAUUCCCAAGACCGAGCUUGAGAAAUAUGAGAAGUUUGAAGAUGAAGAGAAACCCACAAAGAAACCAAAGAUCAAGGAAGAAUACCAAGCGGAAAAACCGAAACCCGAGAAAAUAGAGAGGAAAGAAGUCAAACCAACCAAAGUUGAAAUUGUUGAAGUAUCGGAGUUGCCUCAGAAGUUGAAGCUUAGAAAACCGAAACCAAUUGAGAAAACAAGCAGUGAUGAAAUCAGUUUUCCGAAGACGAAACUCAAGAGCAAGAUCACUCGUGUUGAAUAUCCCCCAGAGGCAAUCAAGUUGAUUGUGACUGACAUGAAUACAAUUAGGGAUACUGGAAUAUUAUCUAGAAAUAUUGAAGAAGCUGAGAAAUUGCCGAAGAAAACCAAGAUCAAGAAAUUCAAACCUCCGAAAGAGAUCAAGGAUGAUCUAGAGAGGCCUCAGCUUGAAAAGUAUGAGAAGUACGAGAGCAGUUCAGAUGAGUCUCCGGAGAAGGAGGGUUACAAGAGACCCAAGAAAGAAAGUAAGGAAGAAGAACCAGAUUCGAAAACACUGAAAAUGGGAAAGGGUAAAGUGAAACCGAAAGAAGAAGAAGCUCCGGAGGAGGUCAAACUGAAAGGUAUUCCCGGAAAAGAGCCCAAGGAAGAGGUAGAGGAGGAAAAGAAACCGAAGAAGGAAAAACCUGAGGAAGAUAAACCAAAGAAAAAGAAGUCGCCUCAUAAAACAGAAAUUCCAUCGCCUCUUGAGUUUGACUUCGAACCAUCCGAAGUUCCGCCGUACGAACCGGAGGUUCCAGAAGAAGAGACAUUCACGCCUGAGCAACCUUCUGAAGAGAAACCAAAAUAUAAAAGAAAGAAGAAGGAAGAACCUCAACCAGAGACGGUCGAAAUUCCAUUAGAAAAAGGAAAGCCGAAGAAACCCGAGGAAACUCCUGAAGACGAUGUCAAAUUCAGAAUACCCAAAGCACCUAAGCCAGACGAAGAACAAUCCGAGAUCAAACUUAAACCAUUUAUAAAACCAACGGUGGAAGAUGAUGAGGAAGUAAUGGCAAAGGUAUCACUUAAGAAAGAACCUAAACCUGAACCAGAAGAAGUUGCUGAAGCGGUGAAGAUAAAGAAGAAGAAGCCGAAGAAACCAACUGAAGAUACUGAAGAAGUCGUUUUGAAAAUCCAGAAGCCGGAAGAAGUAGCGGAAGAGGUUGUGAUCAAGAAACCGACAAAGGAGGAAACGGAAGAGGUCGAGGUGGAGUUCAAACUGAAGGAGGAACCUAAACCUGAACCAGAAGAAGUUGCUGAAGCGGUGAAGAUAAAGAAGAAGAAACCGAAGAAGCCAACUGAAGAUACUGAAGAAGUCGUUUUGAAAAUCCAGAAGCCGGAAGAAGUAGCGGAAGAGGUUGUGAUCAAGAAACCGACAAAGGAGGAAACGGAAGAGGUCGAGGUGGAGUUCAAACUGAAGGAGGAACCUAAACCUGAACCAGAAGAAGUUGCUGAAGCGGUAAAGAUAAAGAAGAAGAAACCGAAGAAGCCAACUGAAGAUACUGAAGAAGUCGUUUUGAAAAUCCAGAAGCCGGAAGAAGUAGCGGAAGAGGUUGUGAUCAAGAAACCGACAAAGGAGGAAACGGAAGAGGUCGAGGUGGAGUUCAAACUGAAGGAGGAACCUAAACCUGAACCAGAAGAAGUUGCUGAAGCGGUGAAGAUAAAGAAGAAGAAGCGAAAAACAACUGAAGAUACUGAAGAAGUCGUUUUGAAAAUCCAGAAGCCGGAAGAAGUAGCGGAAGAGGUUGUGAUCAAGAAACCGACAAAGGAGGAAACGGAAGAGGUCGAGGUGGAGUUCAAACUGAAGGAGGAACCUAAACCUGAACCAGAAGAAGUUGCUGAAGCGGUAAAGAUAAAGAAGAAGAAACCGAAGAAGCCAACUGAAGAUACUGAAGAAGUCGUUUUGAAAAUCCAGAAGCCGGAAGAAGUAGCGGAAGAGGUUGUGAUCAAGAAACCGACAAAGGAGGAAACGGAAGAGGUCGAGGUCGAGUUCAAACUGAAGGAGGAACCUAAACCGGAACCAGAAGAAGUUGCUGAAGCGGUGAAGAUAAAGAAGAAGAAACCGAAGAAGCCAACUGAAGAUACUGAAGAAGUCGUUUUGAAAAUCCAGAAGCCGGAAGAUGUAUCUGAAGACUUUGUUGAAGAUUUUGUUAUUAAAAAACCGAAGAAACCCUCUGAUGAAACUGAAGAGGUAGUUGCGGAGUUUAGUAUUAGGAAGGAACCUUUGCAAGAACCUGAACAAGUUGAUGAAGCUGUUAAAAUCAAGAAAAAGAAACCUAAGAAAACAACUGAGGAGACCGAAGAAGGUUUUCUCGUUGUACAACUACCAGAGGAGCAUGAAGAAGAUCAAGAAGAAUCGGAAGAAAUUAUUGAAGAUUUCGUGAUUGUAAAGAAAAAGCCACCAAAGCCUAUUCCUAUUAUUGAAGAACAUACAAGUGACUAUACAGUCAAAAAGUUGAAACAGGUACGAAAACCUUCCAGGCCAGAUAUUCCGGAAGUAACCGAUGUCGAAAAUGUUACAUUCCGUCCAAAAAGAACUACUACAAAAGAGGAUAUCGAGCAAGAGUUCAAUAUUCAGUUGGACUCUUAUGCUGAAGAAGAAAUUUCUAUGUCUGGAAAAGUACGAUUAAAGAAAACUAAACCAUUUUCUUAUUCUGAAGAGGCUGGAGAAGCAUCAAUCAAACUAAUUCAAUCAUAUGAAGACGAUGGUGGUCCAAUUAUUGAAGAAAUAAUUGAUGAUAUAAGUGAGCACGAGGAUACUAUGUUUGACAUUGACGAGCCUGAGGAGUUUUCCGAUAGUAUAUUCCUAGAAGAUGAACCUGACAGUGUAAGUUUCAAGCUGAAAGGGAAACACGUUAAACAAGAAUAUCGUAUUGAAGACAUUGAAGAGGACAUAUCUUUGGAUAUACCAUACAAAAAGAAGGAGAGAAUCAGCUAUGAAGAAGAUUCACUCACACUGAAAACAAAACGAAGAAAGCCUCUGCACACGUUCUUAGAAGAAAAUGCUUCUCUGCAAAUAACCAAGGAGUUCGAAACAGAAGUUCUCGCCGAUGAGGAAUUACUAAUGUACUCUAUCUGCACAUACGUUGCUGAAAAUGAAGAAGCACUGAAUCUGGUUGAAGGCGAAAAGGUUUAUGUAAUAGAGCAACAAAAUGCUGACUGGUGGUUUGUGAGAAAAUAUUUAACUGAGGACAGAGGUUGGGUACCAGCUCAAUGUCUUAUGGAUGAAGUCUCCUACACCCACUAUGUGCAGAAAAAGCUUAAUGAGAAGAUCGACAAAUUGCCAGUCUUUGAACGCCCAGGACCUGCAGAAAAGACUCUAGCACCGAAGUUUAUAGAGAAACUUCAACCACAGCAUGCCCCUGACGGUUAUACAGUUCAAUUUGAGUGCAAAGUUGAGGGUCUUCCAAGACCACAGAUCACUUGGUUCCGCCAGACAGCUAUCAUUAAGCCAUCUGAAGACUUCCAAAUUUACUACGAUGAGGACAACGUAGCCACUUUGAUUAUCCGUGAAGUGUUCCCUGAAGACGCUGGUACAUUCACUUGCGUGGCUAAAAAUGCUGCCGGAUUCGCAUCUAACAGUACUGAGCUGGUCGUUGAGACACCAUUAUCAGAUCAUGGAUCUGACGCUACAGGUCUCUCAAGGAAAUCAAUGUCUAGAGAGUCUUCUUUGGCGGACAUCUUGGAAGGUAUACCGCCAACAUUCUCACGACGACCAAGAGCUCAAUACGUGGACGAAGGUACAAAUGUUCUACUAGAGUGCCGUUUAGUUGCGAUACCAGAGCCGGACAUUUAUUGGACGUACAACGGCGAAGAAAUUCAAACUAAGGAGAAUGUCAAGAUUGUGACAGAGUCAGAUAUGCACAUGUACUGCAGUAUUCUUUCAAUAACGAAUGUGAAAAAGAAACAAGAGGGAACUUAUGAAGUUGUUGCUAGUAACAGAGAGGGUGAAGCAAAACUACCCAUCAUCUUGAAGGUGAAAACUGGAGAUAAAGAACCACCACAGAUUUUAGAACCACUUAGAAAUAUCAUUAUUAGAGAAGGUGAAAGUGUCAUCUUGAGCACUCAUAUUAUAGGCAAUCCAACUCCAAAAAUAACAUGGUUCAAAAAUGGAGAACAGAUAAAGGGCAACAAGAAGACAGAGAAAGACAUUCACACAGUGAGCAUAAUUUCUCCAACAAAGGAAGAUAGUGGAGAAUAUGUUGUAAAGGCUGUGAAUUCAUCUGGAAGUGUAGAGACCUCUUGUAUUCUGACAGUUGAAGAACCCGAAAGUGGAAAUCCGGAAGCACCAUUCUUCGUAGAACGCUUUGAGGAACAGAGUGUACCGCAAAACGGAACAAUUAAGCUCCCGGCGAGGGUUUUGGGUAAUCCUGUUCCUGAAGUUCUGUGGCUUUACAAUAAUAGCCCACUGUAUCCAUCCGAUAGAGUGAAACAAUCGUAUGAUGGCGAGAAUAUUGAAUUAUUGAUUAAAAAUGCUGAUUCCGAAAGAGAUUCUGGCAACUACAAAUGUAUAGCUAGUAAUCCCAUCGGAAAGGCAUCCCACGGUGCUAGAAUUACAGUUGAAGUGGAUGAUGUUGUAUUCACGAAGAAGCUCCGAAAGCACGUUGUUGUUGAAGAGACACAUAGGCUUAUCCUUGAGUGCGAAACAUCUCAUACAGUCCUCACGAAGUGGUAUCAGAAUGACAAAGAAAUCACUGGAAUGGAUCAUCGUAUAAUAGUGCAAGAAGGUCAUAUUCACAAACUAAUUAUUCGCAAUGCAAGUAUGAAGGAUGCCGGCACAUACAGAUGCACAGUGAAGAACCAAGUGACAAAAUCAAGUGUUGAAGUAUUGGAAUGCAAGCCGGAGUUUAUUCGCAAGCUGGAAGACGUGGAAACCAAAGAGAAAGAGGUUUUGGUGCUAGAAGUCGAGAUUACAUCAGAUACGGCUGAAGUUAUUUGGUACAAAGACGGUGAAAGGGUGCAAGAGGCCGACAAUAAGAAGUUUGUAAAAGAUGGACAUGUACGAAAACUCCUUGUUCGUGGUAUAUCAAUUCACGAUGAAGGCGAAUACUCAUGUACAGUUGGUGAUCAGGAGUGCACAGCCGAAGUGAAUGUAAUCGAAUUGCCACCAGAGCUGCUCAAAGGACUUGAAGACGUCACGUGUGUCAAAGGUGACAAAGCCACGUUUGAAAUCGAACUGACAAAGGGCGAUGCUCUUGUGAAAUGGUUCAAGAAUGGUAAAGAGCUCCAAUUCAAUAAGCAUGUUCAACUAACAAUUGAUGGCAAGCGACAGAAACUCAACAUUUACGAUACAGAAUUAAGCGAUCAGGCUGAGUAUUCAUGCAAAGUCGCUGAUAAUGUUUCCACCGCACGCUUGACUGUGGAAGAACCUCUAGUUGACUUUAUUAUCAAGCUUCCUGAUACCACCACCGUUACUAAAGACACAAAUGCUACAUUUACUGUGGAACUCACAAAGCCAGACGUGGAGACAGUUUGGUACAAGAACGACAAGAAGAUCAAACAAUCAAGCAAGUAUACCAUCGAGGUUGAGGGCACUAUUCGCCGUCUCAUUGUUCACGACUGUACAGAAGAGGAUGAGCAUAGCUACUCAUGCAGUGUUCUCAACCGUAAGACGGUGUCUAAGCUGAGAGUACAAGAAAUGCCUAAACCACCGAGUGUCACAGUAAACCAAAAGGCAUACAAGGUCAGAAAAGAUGAAAGUGUGACAUUCACUGUUAAGCUAGCAGGAACACCAAAACCAACUGUCGAAUGGUACACUUCUGGAAAGGUUGUUAAGAAAUCUCCAAGAGUGUUUAAGGAAUUCGAUGAGGAGUCAGCUAGCUUAACUAUCAAAAAGGUUGUUGAGUCUGACGAAGGUGACUACACAAUUCGUGUUACCAACCCAAGUGGUGAAGUAGAAGCAACCGUCCACUUAACAAUUACACGUCCACCAUCGCGACCUGGAGCUCCUGAACCAGUUUCUGUGGCAAACGACUCACUCACACUCUAUUGGAAGGUACCAGAAGAUGAUGGUAACUGUGAGAUUAUAGAAUACAUUCUGGAAUAUCAUGAGAAGAAGAUCACAGAAUGGACUACCAUACAUCAAAUAUCUGAAACAACGUACACUGUAGAAAAAUUAACAACCAACAGUGAGUAUACCUUCCGUGUUAGUGCAGUGAAUGAAGCUGGCAGAAGCGAACCAUCGCCGGAGUCACCAUACAUCAGAGUAAAAGCACCAACUGAGAAGGAAGCACCCAUUAUUCAAGAACCACUCAAUGACGUGUCGAUAGGACGAGGAAAGCCUUUAACACUAUCAUGUGUCAUUGGUGGUCAACCCGUGCCAGAAAUUUCUUGGUUCAAGAAUGGCAAAUCCAUAAAAACUACGAAAACUAGUUAUGAAAAUCGCAUAGCUAAAUGUUACAUCGAAGAAACUACGGAAAAGACCACAGCUAAAUACACUUGCAAAGCCGUUAAUGAAAUCGGACAGGCUGAGACAUCGUGUAAUGUUAAGAUCGAAGAACGGCCUGAAAUCAUAAUUGACGAUUCCGAUAUAUCUAUUCAGCGUAAAGUUGGUACAACAUGGAAGGUGACAGCCAACAUCUCUGGUUUUCCCUUCCCAUCGGUGUCGUGGUACAAGAAUGAUGUGAAGAUCGAAACCAGCACAAAGUACUCCAUUACCACAGUUGAGAAGACCACAACUAUCUUAAUUGAGAAUGUUGAGAGAUCAGAUACGGCAAAGUACAGAAUAGAAGCAAGUAAUUCAUGCGGAAAGUCCGAAGUUGAGCUUACGCUGUCGGUUAUUGACAAGCCCAGCAAGCCUGAAGGUCCUAUUCAAGUGAAGGACGUAAGAAAGGACUCACUGGUCAUUGAGUGGAAACCACCAGAAGAUGAUGGUGGUUUGGAUAUUGUCAAGUAUUCCAUUGAGAAGUGUGACCAAGAGAAGGGAACAUGGAUCAAGGUGGCAGAUGUUAAAAAGGGCAUCGAUGCGUACUGUAUACAGAGACUGGCACUAAAUGCCCAGUACUUGUUCAGAGUUUGCGCUGAAAAUCCCGUAGGCACUUCUGAGCCUUUAGAGAGUGAACCUGUCACCAUUAAGAAGAUCAUUGAAAAACCAACACCACCUCGAGGCCCUAUUGCCAUAUCUUCAAUGGAAGACACUUGCUGUACAAUCAUCUGGCAAGCAUCUGAAUAUGACGGAGGCAGUCCAAUUAUCGAAUACAUCAUAGAAAUUAAGGAAACAAACGAGACAACAUAUAAAACUGUUGGUUCCACAUAUAGCGAAUGUACAACGUUGCUUAUAGAAAAUCUAGUCAAAGGCAAUGUCUAUGAUGUACGAAUAUCCGCGAGAAAUGAAAUUGGACAGAGUGGAUAUUUAGAGAGUUCGCAGACAUUUACAGCCGGACAGAAGUUAUAUCCACCCUCGUGCCCAAGAAACCUCCGUUGCAUCGAUGUCACAAGCCGAAGUGCAACCAUUGAAUGGGAAGCACCCGAAAGCAAUGGUGGCACUGAAAUAACAGGAUAUGUCGUUGAGAAGAGGAUAGCAACAUCGAAGAAAUGGACAAGGGUUGUAACUCUAGAGUGUUACAAUCUGCAAUACACCAUUGAGAAUCUGAAAGAGAAAUCCGAAUUUAUUUUCCGCGUGUACGCUGAAAACUCCAUUGGCCUCAGUGAACCAGCCGAGACUGAAAAUAUUCUGCUCAAUCCAAAUGCGACCGUUCCAUCACCACCAACUGCCCCGCUGGAAGUUCGUGUUGUUGGACCGAAUCUUCACGCCAUUGAAUGGGGCAUCCCAGAGUCAGACGGAGGUGCACCGCUGAAGGGAUACACCAUUGCAAUUCGCGACGUGAAGAAGACCAUGUGGAUGGAAGUGGGCCAAGUGCCGGCUGGUACACAGAAAUUCCAAAUCCGAGAUCUGCAAGACAACCACGACUAUCUCAUUCGGAUAUUCGCACGCAAUGAGAUAGGGUUGAGCGAUCCAUUGGAAUCUGAGGAGCCCUACACAGUUUUGCCCAUGUCCGAUGUCGGCGACGAUGAGCAUCACCCAGAGGAGACUCGGUCUGGACUGACGGAGCCCACGGGCUUCAGCACAGAGAACACGUCUUCGUGGCUGCGAGAGCACAACAUGGACGCCGAUAUCAAGUCUUACGCCAGGGCGAAACUGCUGAGGAAGGACGAAUACUUCUUCAAAGUUUGGCACUAUGCCAAAAAGCUAUUCAAAUAAUUCUUUUUUGUAUUCUAUACCUUCGAACUAGCACAUAGUUGAAAACGAAAUGGAAACUGUGCAUACAUAUAUUAGUAACAUGAAGUUACGUUUAAAUAUCCUGGUCAGAAGAUAUUUCUCAAUGAAAUUUGUUGCAUUCAUUGAGAAAUGUAAUUUGUCCGCAUAACCUACAACCUACGAAUAUUCUUUACUGUGAUAAAGUAUUUUACUCUAAGUCUUAUCUAUCUUAUUUGACUUUUGAAAAAAGUGGAAGCCAACGGAAUUGUGGAGAUCGACAAAAGUUAUUUGUAUUUUGUCAUAUCUAAAGGAAUUCACAAAUUUUUUUCUCGAUAGCCACAAUAAGUGUAUAUAAAAGAUUCGUUACAAUAUUCGAGAAAAUAUUUCACAAAUAUCUGUACAUUUGUCCAUUCAGGGAGACAAAAUAUAGGUGCAAAUAUUUUUUGUUCUUUUACGGCAAAUGUACAAUUAUUUCUAGAGAAUAUUUUUGAAUUGUUAAAGCAAAUUGUUAAAAGGUGUGUUUUCCAGUUUUUCAAAUAAAUCCAAAUAAAUUACAA